AGAAAAGUAAAUUAAUGAUCAGUAGCAAUAUUCAAGGAGAAUUUGUGUCCGUCUUCUCGUAGUACCUGAAAAGGAAAAGGAAAAAAUUUCCAGUCAGAGAGUUUGUGAAAUAGCACAGCAACAACUUGCUGUGGAUCUUCAUCUUCAGGAUAUCGAUAGGAGCCAUCGUGUACCACAUCGCACCGAUCCCACAUCUAAUGAAAGAAGAGACGUCAAACCGAGAGCAAUUACCAUCAAGCAAUAAUUACAUCAUAUCAACAUAGACAAAAGUUACUACUGAAUAGAAGGAAACUAAAAGCACCAAAAUGAGUCUGUAUGAGAAUUUGACAAAGACUAAUGGUUCACUUCUAUUGGGAGGCCAUGAACGCCAGCAAAGUACAAGGAUCGAACAUCCUCGCAGCAUGGUCUACCAAUGGAAGAAUAAUUGUAUCGGUGAAGACUAACAAUGGUUCGAUGAAGAGACAAAUUCAAACGCAAAAUAUGGCUGUUUCCAAGUACCAAGGAGAGGCAGAAAAAGGUCUUAGAAGCUUAGAACAGAACCUGAUAGAGAUACCCAAGGACAUGGUGCUUUUCUCACUCUCCUUGCGUUCUCUCUAUGCUGAAAACGCAGUUGGAGGUAACGACGAAACUACUGAAGAGUUUCGAAAACUCAGGGAUCUCACGCGAGACGACGCAAUGGUGUACCUCCAUGACGUCCUUCCAGUUGCGACCAGUUUCAUAUCUACCCUCAACGAUUUUUUCGAGAUAUACAAGGCCCUUACUUAUGAGCAGUGGUGUGAAAUGUUUCAAGACAUUCAACAUGAUGUAAUCUCCUAUAAAAGUCUCGCUCAAAUCAUUGUCACAAUGCACGAAGAUCUGUUGGUAGAACUGAAGAAAAGGCAAGACGAGGCAACAGUCAUCGUUAAGAAGGUGAAGGGUCUACAAGAAGAAUACGAGAAGGAAAAGGAAAGGCUUGAAAAAAAGGCGGAUGUGGAGAUGAAAUGUGGCAUAGGACUCGCCUUCGUCCCAUGGGUUGGCCCCUUCAUAUGUGCAGCAUUAGAAAUAGCAUCAGCAGUAGACCUAGCAGCAGCAAUUGCAAAGGCAGAAGAGGGUAUAAACCACAAACACGCUGCUAUGGCAGUAAGUACGGUACUUAUUCCUGCUCUGGGGAACUUCAUCGACGGUCUCCAAGAUAUUGCUGCGUUUUUCUCAGUCACGGAAGUCCAGCUCAAGUCACUUGAGAGAGAUUUAGACGACAACAAGAAAAUACACUUCCUUCUUUUUCAAAGUAAAUCAAAAGAGAUACAAGACCAAUGCAAGAAGUACUUCGCGGUCCUACCUUCAGUACGCUCCGAUCUUAAAGCGAUCCCCACAGAAGGAACCGACAUGUCAUACGUAGAUAAGUGGCUUGAAGAACAAAAGAAAGCAAUUAAAGAGAAGUAUGGUAGUGAUUUGGUUGAGAUGUUAGUAAAAGCCAUCACUGAGAAUUAAUCCUGAAUCAUGCAGCUUAUCUCUGUCAUGUCAUUGAGGAAACAGAACCUCAACGUUCGUGUUUAUAAGUAAAAUCCUCAUCCCAAUACGUGAUUUUACUUGGGAUUUCACGUGUAAGCUAUUCAUUCCAAACGAAAAAACAAACGUAAAUUUUAUCAGUACAAGGAUUUUAAUUUGACUCAUCUGAACAGCUACCUUUAUGAAAAAUAGUGGGUCUCUCACUGUAUCUGGCAAUGGCAUUAUUCAAACUAUUAAAAUCUGUGAUAUCUAGAUUAGUGAAAUUCGUGUCAGGCUUUCUGUAUUGAAAGGGUGUAAUUUUUCGGUGAACUUAUUUGAACUGCCUUUCGAUAUCUUUAUUGGUUAAUCUGAUUUCUAGAAACAAAAUCGUUCAAUAUUUGAAAUUCUGCUUCUUGACAACAGAAUUUAGCAUGCCUCUACAUUAACUGGGAGUUUGUCAUAUAUACCUUAAUUCGCGUGGACAUCACUAGCGUACUACUUAUACGGUUACACUUCGUAAUUCCGAAGCUUCGUAAUUCCGAAGGUUCUUUAUUCCGAAGGUUCGUAAUUCCGAAACACGUAAAUUGCCUAUACCUCGAUGUUCGUUAAUCCGAAAACGAAAAAGGGUUCGUUAAUCCGAACAUUUGUGGCGUUAUUCCGACGGUUCGUUAAUCCGAAGGUUCGAUAAUCCGAAAACGAAAUAAGGUUCGUUGUUCCGAAGGUUCGUUAAUCCGAAAACGAAAUAAGGUUCGUUGUUCCGAAGGUUCGUUAAUCCAAAAACGAAAUAAGAUUCGUUGUUCCGAAGGUUCGUUAAUCCGAAAACGAAAUAAGGUUCGUUAAUCCGAAAAAAGAAAACUGGGAAACCGGAGGCAGAGGCAAGGGGGGGCGGGGGACACUGUUGCCGUUCAAAUGUUAUGAGGAUGGGAAGGCAAGGGCGGCCGAACGAAUUUUCGUUCGGGGGGUAAAGCCAAAAAAUUAAACCCAUACGUCAAAAUGGACACUUUGGUGAUAUUUUCACCUUAAGAUUAUCAUCUGCUUGAAGUCAUUGUGUGUUUGAUAGUGAUUAAGUAGAGAAAAACUUUUUUGAAGUGACUUCUUAUGGCAGAAUGUAUAUUUAGGCUUUAUUUUUCGGGAGAGAGUAUAAUGAGCGAGCGGCUUGGUAAAAAAAAAAUAAAGGUGAAGUUGUAAAACUCGUUUAGGGGUCAAAUAUUCUUAAAAUGGCAUUAUUGCGAGGUGUUGCGAGCGUAAAUCACAAGUUAAAACUUAAGGGUAUUUCAAUAA